AUGGCAUCUCUCAUGUCCAUGGCCACGCUCGCCAGCGUGCUUGCCGUACUCCCUUCCGCCAUGGCCGGAUUCAACCCAGCCUCUGGCAAGAAUAUCGCAGUGUACUGGGGCCAAAACUCGUACAACCAGGGCUCUGGCCCUCUCGCUCAGCAGCGCCUUGCAUACUACUGCAAAAACACUGACCUGGCUAUCAUUCCCGUCGCGUUCAUGAACGGCAUCACUCCGCCCAUCACAAACUUUGCCAAUGCAGGCGAUAACUGCACCGCAUUCCCCGGCAACACCAAUGUUCUGAACUGCCCCCAAAUCGAAGAGGACAUCAAAACAUGCCAGAGCACGUACGGAAAGACCAUUGUGCUCUCCCUCGGCGGCGCGACCUACUCCCAGGGGGGGUGGUCCAGCACCACCGCCGCCCAGAACGCGGCCCAAAUGGUCUGGGACAUGUUUGGCCCCGUGCAGUCCGGCAAGGUGGUGGACCGCCCCUUUGGCGGCGCCGUCGUCGACGGCUUCGACUUUGACUUUGAGAGCAGCGCCAACAACCUGCCGGCGUUUGGCGCCAAGCUGCGUAGCCUGAUGGACGGCGCGGGCGGCAAGAAGUUUUACCUGACGGCGGCCCCGCAGUGCGUGUUCCCCGACGCGGCCGUCGGCGCCGUGCUCGACGCGGUCGCGUUCGACUUUGUCAUGAUCCAGUUCUACAACAACUGGUGCGGCGUGUCCAACUUCCAAGAGGGCGCGAGCACGCAAAACGCCUUCAACAUGGACGUCUGGGACAAGUGGGCGCGGGCCAGCAAGAACCCCAAUGUGAAGCUGCUGCUCGGCAUCCCGGCGGCGCAGGGCGCGGGCGGCGGCUACACGGCGGGCUCCAAGCUCAAGGCGGCCAUCAACUACUCGCAGAAGUACUCGAGCUUUGGCGGCGUCAUGAUGUGGGACAUGUCGCAGCUCUACUCCAACAGCGCCUUCUUGAGCGAGGUGCUUGCUGAUCUUGCGGGUGGCCCGACCCCCACGACGGUUCCUCCUGGCACGACGGCUCCUCCUAGCACGACCACCACUCCCACGAGCCCCGGUAGCACUACGCCUCCCACGAGCACUUCAUCGCCCCCUCCCUCGGGCGGCGGACUCGAUCAGUAUGCUCAGUGUGGCGGAAUUGGCUACUCCGGUCCCACGGUGUGCAAGGCUCCCUACACCUGUGUCAAGCAGGGAGACUGGUGGUCGUCUUGCAAGUAA